AUGUCUCUGGCGGCACCGGGGCUACCGGCUCAGUCGUCGGGCCUGUCGCUAUGGAGUCUUCUCGAGGCCAUGUGGGAGCCCGUCGUGGGCUACCCGGCCGCCGAGUUCGAAUUCAAGCCGCGCAUGACGCCGCUCUCAACACUCAACGAGAGCGCUAUGUUCAUCACGCUUUACUAUGCCAUGAUCAUCAGCGGCAAGGAGUGGAUGCGCCACCGCAAGCCCUUCAAGCUGCACGGCCCGUUCCUCGUCCACAACUUCUUCCUCAGCGCCCUCAGCGCCUUCCUGCUAGCCCUCUACGUUGAGCAGCUAUUGCCAACCCUCUACAACAAGGGCACCUACUAUGCCAUCUGCGAAGCGGGCGGCGGCUGGACAAAGCCACUGGUAACGCUCUACUACUUGAACUACCUGACCAAGUACGUGGAGCUGCUGGACACGGCGUUUCUCAUUCUCAAGAAGAAGCCCCUGACGUUUCUCCACUGCUACCACCACGGCGCCACGGCGCUGCUGUGCUACUCCCAGCUCGUCGGGUCCACGGCCGUCUCCUGGGUGCCCAUCACGCUGAACCUGACGGUGCACGUCGUCAUGUACGCCUACUACUUUCUCGCGGCGCGCGGCAUCCGCGUGUGGUGGAAGGAGUGGGUUACGCGGCUGCAGAUUGCACAGUUUGUCAUUGAUCUGGGCUUCGUGUACUUCACCUCCUACACGUAUUUCUCCAACCGGUACUGGCCCUGGCUGCCCAACGUCGGCUCGUGCGCCGGCGAGGAGUUUGCCGCCCUCUCAGGCAUCGCCAUCCUGAGCUCCUACCUGGUGCUCUUCAUCUCCUUCUACGCUGCCACGUACAAGAAGGGUCCGGGAGCCAGGAAGAAGGCCGCUACGGCCGCCGCUGGUCGGACUCCUGUGGUUGUGAACGGCAAUGGGAAGCUGCCGCUUGACACGGCGACCGCCACGGGGGCAAGCUACUAA